AUGCGCGUGGCUCUGCGCGCAGUGUGGGCUGAGGGCGCGGGGAGGGUUGUCUCUCACUCGCGGUUCCCGUCUGCCACCGAGCUGCUGUCUCAGCAGGGUGAAAGCCAGAGACGCUUGUACAGAGAUCUACUGAGAAACUACAAUCGUCUGGAGCGCCCAGUCAUGAAUGACUCCCAGCCCAUUGUAGUUGAGCUUCAGCUUUCUUUGCUGCAGAUAAUUGAUGUGGAUGAGAAGAAUCAGGUGUUGAUUACAAAUGCUUGGCUGCAGAUGUACUGGGUUGAUAUUUACUUGUCUUGGGAUCAGUACGAAUACCCGGGUGUGCAGAACUUGCGAUUUCCAGCCGACCAGAUUUGGGUACCUGACAUUCUUCUCUAUAACAGUGCGGAUGAAAGAUUCGAUGCAACAUUUCACACAAAUGUGCUGGUGAAUUACUCUGGAUCCUGCCAAUAUAUUCCUCCAGGCAUUUUGAAGAGCACGUGUUACAUUGAUGUCCGCUGGUUCCCUUUUGAUGUGCAGAAGUGUGAUUUGAAGUUUGGCUCUUGGACUCACAGUGGUUGGCUGAUUGACCUGCAGAUGCUUGAGGCUGAUAUUUCCAACUACAUCUCAAAUGGAGAGUGGGAUUUAGUGGGUGUUCCAGGAAAGAGAAAUGAGUUGUACUACGAAUGCUGUAAAGAACCAUAUCCAGAUGUGACAUACACCAUCACCAUGCGCCGACGCACUCUCUACUAUGGCUUGAACCUACUGAUUCCCUGUGUUCUCAUAUCUGGCUUGGCACUGCUUGUUUUCCUUUUGCCUGCUGAUUCAGGAGAGAAGAUUUCUUUAGGUAUCACUGUUCUGCUUUCCCUGACUGUAUUCAUGCUGCUUGUGGCUGAGAUCAUGCCUGCAACUUCUGAUUCAGUCCCACUAAUAGCUCAGUAUUUCGCUAGCAUCAUGGUCAUUGUUGGUCUGUCUGUGGUUGUAACAGUGCUGGUUCUGCAGUUUCACCAUCAUGACCCACAAGCAGGAAAGAUGCCCAGAUGGGUCCGUGUCAUUCUACUGAACUGGUGUGCUUGGUUUUUACGUAUGAAAAAACCCGGGGAAAAUAUAAAGCCCCUCUCUUGUAAAUAUAGCUAUUCCAAGCACCAUCCAAGCCUGAAAAAUACAGAGAUGAAUGUCCUACCUGGGCACCAGCCCAGCAAUGGCAAUAUGAUUUAUAGCUACCACACAAUGGAAAAUCCAUGCUGCCCCCAGAACAAUGAUCUGGGUAGCAAGAGUGGAAAGAUUACUUGCCCCUUACCAGAAGAUAACGAGCAUGUUCAAAAAAAGGCUUUAAUGGAUACCAUCCCAGUGAUUGUGAAGAUACUGGAGGAAGUUCAGUUCAUUGCAAUGCGCUUCAGGAAGCAAGAUGAGGGUGAAGAGAUCUGCAGUGAGUGGAAGUUUGCAGCUGCAGUCAUAGACAGAUUAUGCCUGGUUGCAUUUACCCUUUUUGCCAUCAUUUGCACAUUUACAAUACUCAUGUCUGCUCCCAACUUCAUAGAAGCUGUUUCAAAGGAUUUUACGUAAGCAUUUCAAAUACGAACACAAAGAGCUGAAAGGUAACUUUAAAGUAAAUAUCAUCAGUACUAUUGAUAGAUAAUUUAAUUCAAAACAGAGAAGUGUACUUUUAUGUGCUGACAUACACAGAAGGGGAUAAAAUUAAUUUCAGGAGAUAAUUAUUUCUGAUGUUAGUAAUAGUAGUUACUGAAUAGUAUACAUACUGACCUCUUACUUAAU